AAUUGGGCGUGGUCCAUGCGACGACUGCGCGUGCGCGGGGCCGCGCGGCGGCUGCGCGUGCGCAGGGCGCGGUGUGCGUGCGCCUGUCUGUUAGACUGUACCGCUGUGUCAUCGUCUGCGCGGGUCAGCCGGCCCGCGCGGCAUUCUGAAAUAGAGUGGCAAACUGAACAGCUGUGUUCCUCUACAACUGGCGACGAGGAAAACGGACAGCCAAAGGACGGGUGCUGGACAAGGCGUGGUCCCGGUCGCCGCGGACGGCUCUGGUAUUGAACCCGUUGGGCACCGAGACUUCUGCUGCAGCAAAAUGGACUUUAUCGCCGAGCUCCGCAAGGCAGCAGAGCACUGCGAGUUUGGAGGCACACUGGAGGAUCGGCUGAUGGAGCAGCUGGUGUGCGGCAUCGCUGACGAGCGCAUCCAGAGGCACCUCUUGGCUGAGCCCCAGCUGGACUUCUCCAGAGCUCAGCAAGUCAGCCUGUCGCUCGAGAUGUCGAGUAAGGACGCUCAGGUCAUCGCAGGUCAGUCCGGGGGCACGGGCCACGCCACUGUCCAUGCUGCUGCAGCGCAGGCGAACACAGAGCCUUGCUGGCGUUGCAAUCGUGCGAAUCACAGUCCAGAUAUAUGCAGAUUCCGUAACUUCAAGUGCCGAAACUGUGGCCAGUUCGGCCACAUUCAGAGAGCGUGCAGGCGCCGCCCACGGAAGUCGGCCACUUCUGGGAGGCGCCGUCAGUCGGCCAACAAUGUCACCGGCUCCGGCGAUGAAGAGGACUGGGAGAGCUGGGUGGAAGCCGAAGAAGCAGUCGGCCAGAUCCGUCGAUCCACUGACACCGGCACUGCUGACGUCAGACAGGUGGGUGGCUCACUUCCGUUCACGUGUGAUGUUAAACUGCAACAGACUGAUGUGACAAUGGAGAUCGACACAGGCUCUAGGUACACUCUCAUUGGAGAGAAUACCUUCAGCAUGUUGAACUGCAAGCCUAGGCUGAAAGAGUGUAGGGUUCAGCUACGAGCAUAUACACAUCAGCCCAUUCCUGUGCUCGGGGAAUUUUGUACGUCUGUCGAGCACAAUGGUAUGACAUACCCUGGUAUGAAGGUGAUCGUGGUGAAAGGCAGCAGAUCCAGUCUCUUGGGCAGAGACUGGUUGGAGGCUAUCCGAAUCAACUGGUGCGAGGUCAAGGCGGUCUUCAACUCGGCCAUCGAUCAGCUGAAGGGAAAGUACCGUCAAGUGUUCGAGCCGGGUCUCUGGGAGUUAAAAGGGGUCGAGGUGAAGCUAGAGGUGGACCGUUCUGUGCCCCCCAGAUUUUUCAGACCCAGAUCCCUGCCGUACGUCUACAGGGAAAAGGUGGAAGAGCAGAUCGACAAGGACGUCAAGGCGGGCAUCCUGGUGCCGGUGCAGCACAGCCAGUGGGCUGCACCACUGGUUCCAGUGCUGAAAAAGUCUGGUGAGAUCAGGGUAUGUGCCAACUUCAAACUCACUGCCAACCGUGCCGUCAAACUGGAUCAGUAUCCCUUGCCGCUCGUUGAGGAUCUUUUUGCUCAGUUAGCGGGAGGAGUGAUUUUCUCGAAGAUUGAUCUGGCACAAGCUUACAACCAGAUUCCCAUUCAUAAAGAUUCGAUGGAUGUUUUGACGAUAAGUACGGCUAAAGGGCCCAUGUCCUACACUCGCUUACCAUUUGGAAUAUCAGCUGGGCCAGGGAUAUUCCAACGAGAGAUUGAAAAGGUGUUGAGCGGCAUGCCAUCUGUUGCCGUGUACCUCGAUGACAUUUUGGUGAGCAGUAGGUCCACUGAAGAGCACCUGAAGACGCUGGACGAGGUCCUCCGCCGCUUGCAAGAAGCUGGACUGAAGGUACGUGCAUCCAAGUGUCAGUUCAUGAUGCAAAACGUGGAGUAUUUGGGGCAUCUGAUCGACAGGAAUGGCAUCAGACCGACGCCAGCCAAAGUGAGAGCUAUCAGGGAUGCUCCAGUUCCUAAAAGUGUCAAGGAGCUGCUAAGUUUUCUCGGAAUGGUGACCUACUACGCAAAGUAUCUGCCCUCCCGUGCUGACAAGUUGGCCCCGUUGUACGAGCUCCUCCGGAAAGAUUCCAGAUGGCGCUGGGGUACCGAGCAGGAGAAGAGCUUCCAGUGGGCGCGGAACGCCCUGACGUCGGACUCAUUUCUGGCGCACUACAGGAGUGGCCAGCAGCUCGUCUUGGUCUGUGACGCCUCUCCCGUCGGCAUCGGCGCGGUGCUGGCGCAUCGAGAGGCUGACGGAUCAGAGAGGCCUUUGGGGUAUGUAUCGCGUACUCUGACAGAGUCUGAGCGCAGAUAUGCACAGAUUGACAGAGAAGCUCUAGCCAUUGUGUUCGGCGUGUGCAAAUUUCACAACUAUCUGCUCGGGAACCGUUUUAAGCUGGUAACAGAUCACAAGCCGCUGUUACGACUGUUCGGAGAACAUCAGGACUUACCGACCAUGACCUCUGCUAGGAUCAGACGGUGGGCGCUGAAGCUGUCGACAUACAGUUACAGCGUUGAGCACAGACCGACUGAUCGCAUGGGAAAUGCCGACGCUCUGUCCCGUCUUCCGUUACCUUUAGGCAAAUCAGGUGAACCGGAAGAGCUGGUCUUGAUGGUGGACAGUCGCGUAAUCGACGCAAAAAAGAUAGCCCGACUCACAGCUACGGAUCGGACGUUGAGCAGAGUGCUGCAGAGUGUGCAGUAUGGUGAUUGGUGUGAAGGUGACGAUGUGCCAAAAUCAUUUACCGACAGGAAACUGGAGCUGUCAGUCACCGCAGGCGUCCUCAUGUGGGGACACCGUGUCAUCAUUCCAGAGAGGGCACAAGGCGAGGUACUGGCCGAGCUACAUGCUGCCCACCCCGGGAUGAGGCGCAUGAAGGCGCUGGCACGAGGCUACGUCUGGUGGCCGGGCAUCGAUGCCGCCAUCGAGGAAGUCGUGCGGAGCUGCCAGCCAUGCCAGGAGAGCCGCCCAGCACCGGACCGCGCACCGCUGAGUAUGUGGCCCUGGCCGGACCGCCCGUGGUCCAGGAUUCACAUUGAUUACGCUGAGCCGGUAAGAGGACGAUACGUAUUGGUUGUGGUGGACGCUCACUCAAAAUGGGUAGAGGCUGAACUGUGUCACAGUAUUGGCUCGAGGACCACCAUUGUUCAAUUGAGAAAAAUGUUUUCACGCUGGGGCCUUCCUGAUGUUCUCGUGUCAGACAAUGCGACAGCAUUUACUUCUGAGGAGUUCCAAGAGUUUUUGCGUGGGAACGGCGUAGAGCACAAAACGAUAGAACCAGGACACAGUCAGGGGAACGGUUUGGCAGAGAGGAUGGUGAGAGAAGUGAAGCUGGCGCUGCAGCGCUCUGGCGGGGGACAAUGGGAUCUGUGUCUCGCAAAUUGGCUCCUUCAUCAACACAUUGUCCCUCAGUCAACAACUGGUGUUCCGCCCGCAGAGCUGAUGCUUGGCAGGAGGCUGCGGAGUAAGCUGGACCUUCUACGGCCGAGCAUCCGGGCGACGGUGGUCAAAGGUCAAGUGAGCCAAAAACAAAACCAUGACGGUAAGCGUACGCUUCGCACUUUUGACAUAGAUGACCAGGUUUAUGCAAGAAAUUUCUCAGUGGGUCGUCCUUGGGUACCCGGCUUUAUCUGUGCGAUCGAUGGACCGGUGUCGUAUGUGGUACGAUUAGAAGACGGGAGAUGCUGGAGACGUCACAUCGAUCAACUUCGUGAAAGAGGACGAGAGCCAAAAGAGAUCGAUCUCCAGGUCGAUGAACUGAGACGCCGACCCCUGUCCACAGGAUAUCGUCAGCUACCUGACCUGAGCCGGAGCGGAGAGGUGACAUCUGGCGGCGGCGCUGAGGGAGCUCACUCUGGCUGGCUACCGGCUGCCGCCGACGCUGUUCAACGGCCGCCCGCCGCGGCGCUCGUUCGGCCGCCGGCACCUGGUGCUGCCGUUGGGUCGUCUGCCGAGCCGCCUGCUGGGUCGUUUGGCGAGCUGGCUGGUGUUGCUGCUGGGUCGUCUGCUGAGCCGACUCAGCGCGAGGUCUCGGGCGCUGCCGUUCCGUCAUCGCCGCUAUCUGGCCGAGUGCCGCUGUCGCAAUCUCAGCGGACGGCGCCGGCGCCAUUGUCGCGGCCCGAUGACGCGUCUGUUUCUACGGGCAACCGCAGUGAGCUCGCGCGUCGCUAUCCGGUUCGUGUGCGGAACAAACCAAACUUUUACGUGGGAAAGUAAUGUACGGUAAUUGGGCGUGGUCCAUGCGACGACUGCGCGUGCGCGGGGCCGCGCGGCGGCUGCGCGUGCGCAGGGCGCGGUGUGCGUGCGCCUGUCUGUUAGACUGUACCGCUGUGUCAUCGUCUGCGCGGGUCAGCCGGCCCGCGCGGCAUUCUGAAAUAGAGUGGCAAACUGAACAGCUGUGUU